AUGCCAGUUACGUCGGGCCAGCUUGUAGUACAGCAAUCGGUAUUGCCUUUGAAACCGAUUCAGCCGACGCAAUUCUGGACUUUUCCCAAUGCGCUUUCACUCAUCAAAACUCCCAACAACAUCUACAUCGCCGAUGCUCUCGAUGAGUUUCUUCUUUCCAACAAGGACAUCAUUUUAAAUCCGGACGUUUUCAAAAGCUCGAAUUCGGAACCAAUUAAGAAGCCACUUAAACAGCUUUCCCUAAGAAAUGUGCUCUACUCAGAUAUUUCCGCCAAAAUCGUUGAUGAUGCCGAGAAGCUCGAGUCCAUUCUCAAGUUGGACAUUGUAGAAAUUGUCCGAAUCGUCUCACAGACGGCGAAAAGAACCCCAGAAAAAAAAUUGCAUAACUCUGAGAAGCUCAAGAGCAAGUUGCCCGACGAUCGACAGCGCUUUUUAGAAAAUGAGCGGCUUUUGCUCAACACGAGUAACAUUUUAGUAGAACGCAGAACUGUACUCAAACUCGUGAUAGAACUUGUCAACUCCAUCAACAGACCGUCUGCUUCGGAAGUGAUCCAGAACUUUGGAAAGGAUAUCUUCCUCUCUUCCACGUACGUUGUUAAUGUAAUUGAGGCUUUGGAUAAAUCGUUGGCAGUGUUGUCGUCCAGAUCAUACGAAUCAGGAAUAUCGCCCGAAUUGGACGAGUUGAUCUACAGAGAGACUAUACUCUUCUCGAUUCAAUUAGUGAAGGUCUUGACAGAACUAGUAUCAGGACCAUACCUCAAGAACAACACGACUACCAAAGCAUGGUUCGAUCUCAUGAAGUCUACCAACUUCUUGUUCAACUUUGGUCCAUACAUAAAGUACCAAGAAUCAUUCAAUUUGUUACAGGGUCUAGCUACUACUGUCUCGAUCUUAUUCUUGGACUUGAUAGAAACGUACGAUCUGGUAGAAGACAACGAGAAACUGUCGUCUUCGUAUAUUAAUGACGUGGCGAUAUUUUGCAGUAUCAACGAUGCCAUCACGAAUGAGUCCAACGACAACUCUGUAGUCUUAUACUCAUGGUUGAUCAUAUCCAUGAGAAAGUUCUAUUUUCUUCAAGAACAUUCAGCUAUUGAGUCGUCCAAAACGUUCUUGAACAGCUUCAGUCUCGAGAAAUUGGACUCUACUAUAGCCAAUUUGAGUCUCAGGGCAGCAGAAUUGAACGUAUUCUCCAAUUUGACAAAAGUCAAUGAACUUCUAAAGUUCGAUAGCUUGCAUUCUUCAAUUUUGUCAACAGUCGUAAUCUCAGCCAUGCCAUUGAUCGAGUCCAUAACUCCCGAAAUUGCAACUUGUAUCCAAAGCAUCUUACAAAAUUGCCCUAAUAGCAUCGUCGAAAGAUUCUUCGACAACGAAUUUACGGUGAAUCAUAUCAUUUUAGCGAGAGCAAAGUUUCCUUUAGCAUUCGCUCCAUAUUUGCAAAUUGCUUCUGUCAAUGGGAAUUUCGCAUUCGAAGAAUUCAGCGAGUUAAAAUCAUAUAUUCAACUAUUCAAAAAGGAAGAGUUCGGCAAACUUUACCAGAUAGACGAUACCAAUACUGAACUUGUCAAAUUGACCAAGUAUUUGGACAUUUUUCCACCUUACGAAUAUAACAAAAAGCUCUCCUUGAUGCUCACUGAAGGAACAAAGGCUAUAAUGCUCCCUGCAACCAACAGCGAUGAGAUUUUAGUCAACUUCUUGUACAAAUACAACGGCUGGGCUCUACUUGGAAGAAUAUUGCAAAAUGUGUCCAAGUUCUUCACGACAUCUGAUGAUGAAAAAGUCAACGUUGUAGUACUUAUCAUCAAGUCUAUUACCCAAGUCACAAUAGAUGGUAGCAUAGAGCAAGUCAAAGAAGUUCUUGAUUUCAUGUCUACUUAUACUGACGAUUCAGAUAUACUUGAAGUCAUUUUGAGACUAUUGGAACAAGGGUUGCAUUCACGAAACGUACGUGUAUUGGAAGCCGUACUUGAUUUGGUUACCAAAUUGAUGCCUUUCUUAUCGUACAGAAUAUGGCCCUACUUGUCUAAAUCAGUAUUGUUAUCUCAUAACGGAAAGGAAGGAUUUGCUGCUACCAUUUUUGGUGCCAUAGAAAUGGUUAACGGGGACUACAAUUUCACUAUAUCGUUGGUCAAGCUUACAGACGCGUUGGUUCAAAACUGUCUCUCGCUAAAUGAAGACUACCCGAAGAAGUCUAAGAGCUUCAUCUUAUCGAAGUUUAUUAAUCAUUUGGUGUCUGUAUUUGAAUGUUUCACGUAUUGUAGAUUCAACCACCCAUAUCAAAAGCUUGAACUAGGUGUCUCGAUGUUGGAUGUGUUAUCCAAUGUCUUGAACUAUACAUAUGGAGUUCAUGGUGAGUUGAAGGACAAGGUUACAAAUGUGUUUUCUGAGUCUUCAACUUGUAUUUUGGAUUCUUUCCUUGUUUCUGGUGACGAUUUUUCCAGAUCAGUGGCUCCGAUCUUGUCUAUGGUAGAUUCUCUAGCAUCCAAUAUCAAUCUAUACGAAGUAAGCGAUAUUUCUGGAUUUUACUAUGACAGUUGGAUACGGGGAGCAUUGUCGUUUUCGCAAUUGAUUGUCGAAAUAAGAUCUGUUUUAAAUCUUCCUCCGUCUGCAUUUGAGAAGAGCUUAUUUGGUAGGUUGCCAAAGUUGGUUUCCACCUAUUCGCAGUAUGCUAGUUUGCGAAGUAGUGUAUUGGACGUGAUAACAGCUUUGACUAAUGGAAUCUGGCCAGACAACACAAAGCCAUCGUUGUUAUCCCAUUUGGGUCGUGAUAACGCUCAAGUGUUGUUACAUUCCUUAGCUGUCGACUUGGACAACUCGUUUGAUAACUACAAAUUGAAAAUUUCCUUAUAUGACUUCAUUUGUGCUGUCAUGGAAGGUAACCAGGAGGGUUUGUCGGUGCUUUUUAUAAGCGGAAGAGACGUUUUUGGAGAUUUUACAAAGAAAGGGGACGAGGCAGAAGAUCAGAAACCAAUUUCUUUGUUGCAGAUCUUGAAAAAGAACAUCCGUGACAUCAACUACUAUCCCAAUUUUGUAGGCCUCCACCUUGUUGAUGCAAUUUCCCUAGCAUCUAACUCAUGGACUACUGCUAGAGAGAAUGAAAAUGAUAUUGAAUUUAUUGACGAAUUGAUUUCAAAAAUUCAAGUUACAAUUGACGAGAAACCACAAACAGUUGAUGACUAUAUCAGCAGAUGCUAUUCAGAAAAGUUGGUUUCCAAAAUCGCCCAGAUUCUUUCCUUGUUCCUCUACACGUCCAGAAAUGAAAAUUGCAAGAAGAAUAUCAUUAACUUGUUGACAAGUGAUUCUUUCUUGAAGGUUGCAAAGAGCAAAUUUGCCAUAAAAGAUUACCAGCCUGCUUUACAUUCAAACUUGCAAGUGUCGUUUGAGAAUGCAUUCCCAGGUUUCAAGUUGUCGCAGUUUACAAGCGUCUUCACCAAGAGAAAUAGAUUCGGAACUUCUGCUGUGUACAAUUUAGCUCUCAUGGACAGACUCUUCCAAAAUCAGAAAGCCUGGCCACUUCUCAGAGAGGAUAUUAUUUCUGCAAGUGUAAACUUGCAGUAUCUUGAAUCUCAAAUUUCAAGUGCAAAGUCGUUUGGAGCUUUAUUGACUGCUUAUUGUAGAAGAUUCGGUGGUGAAUUGUCGGGCUCGAAAAUCUUGGAGUUCACCUCCCAUCUUUUGAAGCUUAACAUUACAGAGGGUAUUCCGGCUGAAUUGUUUGAGCAAAUCUACCACGAGAGAAUUGAACUUGCCUUCUUCUUGAUGUAUUCCAUCUACAAGAACUCUGAAAUUAAAAAGGACCCCGUCAUUGUCUUUGAGAUUGUUAAGAACUCAUCUGAAUUGUUGUCUUCUCCAAGCAUGAAUUUCCUUGUCGCAUUGGCAGAAUCUUCUGGUUACUAUAGACCUUUGCUCAGAAUACUAUUUUGUUCAUUGAACUUGAUUAAGGACGAAUUUGGUAUUCUUCUUGAGUAUUUCAGUGUCUUCCGUGAUCUCUUUGGCUUAAUUGUCACUAAGGGCACCCGAACCUUGUUAAUUGAGUUGCAGAACGAUGUCUACUUAUCGCGCACCAACAAGAACCACAAGUCUACCAAGAUGAAUGAAAGAAUAGAUGAUUUGAUGAUCAUCUUAUCCCUCUUAAAAGUCUUUGUGAAAAUGAAGUCAUCUCCUAAUUUGCACCAAGAGAUGGCUACUUUGGUCAAUGAUGAUGGUACUAUCAAAUCUUUGUUCAACCUCUACUCUUUCUCUCAUUCGAUAGAAGUCAAUGAUGAACACAUAUUUGCACAGUUGAGUUUGAUGUUUAUCCAAGAGUUGAUGGAGAUCGAAAUUAUUGCUGAGAAGAUGGUAUCGGAGGGACUUUUCGUGGUCAUUGUAGAGAGUCCUAUUUCCAGUCCAAUUAGAGCUGGAUCAACCAGUGUAGCAUCUGGAGCACAGUAUCAUUCCAUCUGGACCAACGGUAUCUUGCCUAUCAUCAUCUCCAGUUUGCACAAACUUGGUCCUAGUGUUAUUGCUGAGGUUUGUGUGGCAUUGCAGUUGUUUGGAAAGCAGAUCGAGUCUUGUAUCGAAAGCUGGGCUAAAGAUUCAUCUACUAUCAGAAUUUCGACGUCAACCGUAGCUGAAACCAGUCAGAUCUUACUUAUCUACCAACUGCUUGUAUCUAUGAACGUAGGUGAAUAUUUGAACGAGUCUGGUGCUGUUGAAGGCGUUGAUGUUGAAGUGAUAGAUAUGAAAGUUCUUCCCGGGUUAAGCAGUGAAUCGAAGAGAGACGAGUUUGUGGACUGUCUCAACAACUUAUUGAAGCAUCCUAAGUUCUUGACGUCGAGAGUAGCUCCAAGCUCUAUCGACGAACAUCGUAUUAUAAAGAAGGGUGGUAAGGACUACGACAACUUUGUCAACGAACUUAUCCAGGAAAUUCGUGAUUUGAAGGAUUUCCUCAACUAG